GAUUUAAGUCCCAUGUGCUUCCUUGUUCUCUUGAUUUAUAUAAUCUUUUCAUAGAAUAGAAUUACCCUAGUCCCUGCAAUGAUAUAUGGGACUUUGUUUACAUGUCUAGAUGCUCAUCGACAACGGAUAGUCAACUGGAUCAAUGCCACUGGUGGUACUUCCUCUGCUUUUGAUGUCACGACAAAGGGGAUACUCCACUCUGCUUUACAUGGCCAAUAUUGGAGGCUGAUAGAUCCUCAAGGAAAACCAACCGGAGUAAUGGGAUGGUGGCCUUCUCACGCUUGUACGUUUCUAGAGAACCAUGAUACAGGAUCUACCCAGGUACUCCCUGUAUCGCUCACGGACAUGCAUACAUUCAAACGUAAAUACACAUUACACAAACUCGGAGCAGUACCAUCUUUCUGAGUGCCAUAAUAGGUAUACUUCUAGCGGAGCUAAAAGAAACUUGUAAGGUUCAGUAGCUUUCAUGUAUCACUCUGAGGGCUAAACUCUCCUAUGUAGUCCAGUUUAGUGUAUAACUAAUCUCAAAGGAACAUCCGAAAGAUUGAAUGUAGUGCUUUGAGAUCACGAUAAAGCUUCCGUUGUCAUGUCUUAACUUCAAAUCCUGAGUGUGAUUAUCGGAAAAUGACUUUUCUGCAAGUUU